AUGGAAACAGAAGAUCAAAAACUAAAUAUAGUGUCAGUUUACUCACCUGAAGACAAUAAACCAAAACAAGAAAGGGAGUCAUUCUACGAUCAACUCCAAAAUACAAUUCAAUCAUUGCCAAGCGAUCAACAAAUAUUAAUUCUUGGAGAUUUCAAUGCCCGCAUCGGAAAUCAAAUAAUCCCUGGAAUCAAGCAGAGGUUUAAUGAAAAUGUACUGAACGACAAUGGAGAACUUAUGAUCGACUUAUGCAGAUUCAAUGAACUACGUAUUAACAACACAUUCUACGACCAUAAAGAGCAACACAAAUUCACAUUUAGCAAUACUAGAGGCCACAGAUCUACAAUUGACUAUAUUGUUACAAACAGAUAUAUACAUCCACUUCAAAUAUUAGAUAUCAGGACGCUGAACUCAGCCGAUGUAGGAAGCGAUCACAGUCUGUUACUUGCAAAAAUCAAAUUAAAAUUUAAACCUCAUAAGAAACUAGGACAAGCAACUCAAGAAGUUAAGAUAAACAUCGAAUCGCUAUGGGACUUGUCGAUUAAAUAA